AACUCUCUAGGCAUCUCUUUGCCUUUUCUUUCUUUCUCCUUCCCCUUCAUCAUCACUUCAACCUCCCCUUUCCUUAAUCCUUCCAUUUAAUUUACACCUCCCAAUACUCUCUACUUAUUAAUUUAAUCCUUUCUUCUCUCUAUUUCUUUUCCUUUUUUUUUUAAUUAUUAUUUCAUCUUCUUCUUCCUCCUUUCAACCCCACAAUACCAUCCUAAUUCUUCUUCAGCAGAAAAAUUAAUUUUUUUAGAAAAGAAUUGUAACUUUUAAAACUCUGAAAAUUUUCAAGAUCUGAUCUCUUUGAUGAUGGCAAACCGGUGGUGGACCUCCGGCCAGAUGGGUCUUCCCGGAGUUGAUCAUACAUCAACAAGCUCCUCUGCUAUGAGAAAACCAGAUCUGGGAAUCUCCAUGAACGACAACGGUGGUCCUGUUCACAGUGGUGGUGAUGACGAUGACGAUAGGGAUAACGGUGGCGAUGAACCUAAAGAAGGAGCAGUUGAAGUUCCAACGCGUCGUCCCCGUGGUCGCCCGCCAGGGUCCAAGAAUAAGCCUAAGCCACCUAUCUUUGUUACUAGAGAUAGCCCUAAUGCCCUAAAAAGCCAUGUCAUGGAGAUUUCUAAUGGAGCUGAUAUUGCCGAGAGCGUUGCUCAAUUCGCUCGACGGCGACAGAGAGGAGUUUCUGUGCUUAGUGGUAGCGGUACGGUUACAAAUGUCACACUCCGACAACCGUCUGCGCCUGGUGCAGUCUUAGCCCUCCAGGGCCGAUUCGAGAUACUUUCUUUAACUGGAACUUUCCUCCCUGGACCAGCCCCACCUGGCUCAACCGGACUAACGAUCUACUUGGCUGGUGGACAAGGGCAAGUGGUGGGUGGCAGCGUCGUCGGGCCACUCACCGCUGCUGGCCCGGUGAUGGUGAUUGCUGCAACAUUUUCCAACGCAACAUACGAAAGAUUACCCUUAGAAGAGGAAGAAGAAGGCGGGGGAGUAGGAGCGCAAGGGCACACAUCGGCAGGCGGUGGCGCAGGCGACAGUUCACCACAAGGCAUCGGAGGCGGAGUCGGCGGGGAUCCAUCAGCUAUGACUCCACUGUACAAUUUACCACCAAAUUUACUACCGAAUGGCGGCGGAGGGCAGAUGAACCAAGAGGCUUAUUCUUGGGCUCACGGCGGCCGGCCGUCAUUUUAAAGCUUCCUGAUGGGAGAAAAAAUUAAAAAAAAAGGUUAGAAAAUGUUUUAAGAUUAUAUUGGAAGGCUGUUUUGUUAUUGCAGCCAUGGUUUAGGAAGUUGAAGAUAUAAAAGAUGAAAGAGAUGAGUCUCUCUAUAUAUUUCAUGUCUUAGUUGAUUAUAAAUAUUCAGUGUGAAAAAAAAAACCCUUAAAUUAAUUGUUCUAUGCAAAUACAAGGAGAGUUAAUUAACUUUUUUAUAUUCAA